AUGCCCUCACCAGGCGGCGGCGGGGAUCAUCAAAGCCUGAAGGGGCAGCAGCAGCAGUCGCUGCUCUUGGCACCCGGCUGCAUUGACGGCAUUGACGGCAUCGUGACGAGUUUCAAAUUGCUCUGGCAGCACUACGAGCCGCUGCCGCUUCUCGGAAUAUUUCUUGUGCUGUGCUCGGCCCUGCUCACCACUCUGUCGACCGAGUCUGUGGGAAUGUAUCCGUAUGGGAAGUGCCGCGACCACAUCCCCUUCCCCAUUUUCAUUGCGGGAUACUGCCCGAUAAGCCUCACGGUUGUCGAGAUGACCGCUAAGAUCACCGAAGGGCUCCUGGUCAUCAUGUGCCUGUUGGCCUUUCUAGGCAUAAUCCUGUACUACGAGGCCACCGCGCGAAACGCGCCCUUGGACCGGUUUAUGAACAAUGAGAGCUUCGGGGCCAGGUUUAUUUUCACCAGCUUUGGCGUGACUAUUGCCUUUUUCUGGGGCUAA